UGCAAUAUAGGCAUCGAAUAGUACUGCAGGCGUCCCAAAAUGGGGGAAAAGCUUGUCCAGAUCGUCUGGAAGCCAGGCCGUGCUCAUCUGUUUUAAAUUGCCUUGAACCCAGUAAUAAAUCUCAGUCUUAUAUGAAACUUUGGAACAUAGACGAUGAGGAAAUGAGAUUAUCUACAUAUGAAUGGAACACAGGCGAGUGGAGUGAGUGCCAGAUUCCAGUAGAAACCCAGCAGUGUGGUAUAGGAUUUCAAAUUCGAAAUGUUAGUUGUAUUGACAACAAGACGGCACUUGUCGUGGAGCCUCAUCUGUGCUUGACAGCUUCCAAAGACACGGCCUCUGUCCCUUCUGCUGUCCGGUCAUGUGAAAUCACUUGCUCUCCUCGGUGCGUCCUGACGACCUGGUGUUCAUGGACAGAGUGCGUUUAUGGAUACAAGUCCAGAAGAUCACGUGGCAGGGAGCUCGUAGAUGCCGGCGAAUCCAACACCAAGUGCUUGCAACAUAAGUUAUCAGAAACUGAGGAUUGCCCAGUCUUUCCACCUGUACAAACUGGGAAGAUUUCAGACAUUGCCCAUUGGUUAUCCUGCAUUGUGGAUGAAGCCAAUAUGACUUUAUUAGCUGUAAAUGGUCGUAUUGUUCGGCAUGCUUGUGGUGAAGGAUACCGUUACAAAGCAGGUGUACAAAUGAAUUCAAAACUGGGAAUAGGACCUGGGCUUGAAAAAGAUUUUUGCUGGGUUGACUGCCCCAUUGACUGUCAAAUGUCAGAGUGGAGCGAAUGGAGCACAUGUGAUGUACCUUGCGGUAAAGGCUUUAGAGAAAGAAGACGACAAGUGGUAGUGCCAGCAAAUCAGCUAGGAAGGCCAUGUCUGGGCACAGUGGAUAAAAUGGAAAUCCAGAGAGAUGUCUGCUACAUACCUUGUUCAGAUUUCAAGUGGUCAGUCAAGGGUUGGAGUCACUGUAAACUGGAUGACAACGAGUCAUCAGGAUGUGGCAACGGUACACGAUACAGGACUAUUAAAUGCUUGGACCAGCGAACGGAACAGGAAGUGGAGGAGAUUAAAUGUGAUCCUCUGCACAAACCUACAUCCGUAGAAAGGUGUAGGAUUCAUUGUCCUGGAGAGUGCGUUUUAUCCUCAUGGAGCGUCUGGAAGGAAUGUUCCGAACCAUGUUCCAGCGAUAAUUUCCUGGAAAUGCACCGAACCAUAAUGAGACAUCCAAAUUCGACAGCCGAUUCUUGUCCUUCUUUGAUAUCUCGGACUCCCUGCAUUUUGAACAAGACCUGUCACCAUUAUAGAUAUGAAAUGGGUCCUUGGGGAUCCUGUAUUUUACCAGAAGGUGCAUUAUGCGGAGAAGGAGUUCAAAAAAGACCACUGCUGUGCCUGAGAAGUGACGGAAGGCAGGUGGAUGCAAUACAAUGCGAAAAGAGCCACAAACCCAUGUCCAUGAAAGAACCGGUGUCAAAGCCAUGCUAUGUCGAUUGCCCUCUCGACUGCGUUAUGUCGGAAUGGUCGGCAUGGAAUGAUAGCGAAUGUAGUGCUUGUGGAAGUCCAGGUGUCAUGAUCCGUAAAAGGUAUAUUCUUCAAUUACCUACGGAUUCGGGACAACCCUGCCCUCCGGAAGUGGAACAACGCAAGCCUUGCCCUUUCAUACCCUGCUACCACUGGAAAUAUUCGGACUGGUCUACUUGCGAUUUGGAGGGAGCUGAUUGCGGUUAUGGUGUGCGGCGACGUGUCGUGGAAUGCAUUCGUUACGACGGACUCCAAGUAGACAAGAUAUACUGUUUGACUGUCAAUGCCACUUUCCCCAGUCGUGAUUGGCUGGAUCCUUCCUGGUUGGCCCUGGCUCACGAAGAAAGCCAAGAAGAACAGAUUUGUCAUGUACCAUGUCCCGGUGAUUGUAUAAUGACCGAAUGGACGAAAUGGAGCCAUUGUCAAAAGAAUUGUCGUAUUGGUCAAACAUUUGGUUAUAAAACAAGUUCUCGGAAGAUUCUGUACCCUCCCCGCCAGACAUCUGAUUCAUGUCCAGUACAGCUAUGGAGAACGCGACCUUGUUGGACUGACGACUGCGGUUUCUUUCGAUGGAAAGUCAAGAAUGAUUCUUUAAUAUGUGUAGGAAGGUACAGUGUCGUCGUGGAAGGUGGCUGCACCUCCGAACCGCGGCCUUGUUUGAAGAACUGCGAGGAACUAGGCGGUCGCUGUGAUCCUUCAACGGGACUUUGUCACUGCCUGGAUGCUAAGGGACACGUGGUAUCGAGUCCGUCCUCCGAUUAUUCUGAGCGAUGCGUAGUCAUGAGCAGGGGUCCACAUCCUCCAGCCAACCAUUCCGCGCCCACACCAGAAAUACGCCUCAAGUAUUAUCCAGAUGACAGCCAAGUCAGUUUCUGGAUGUACGCCAUGAUUUCCAUCGGCACAGCGUUCGUCAUCUUCGUUGCGGUCACAGUUUACCUCAUGUGUCGUUCCAGUCUUCGCCAGAGGUCGGUCAGCGUCGAAAGACAACCGAGCCUUCGAAGACGAACGAACGUGAUAAAGCAGACGAAAAAUCAUUCCUCGCUAGAGGAUGCUGCCAUUCAUUCGAACAACUGCUCUCUCUAGGAAUUUAGAACUUCACGGAACACCAAUAAAAACGUCAUAUAAAGUCAUUGCAUAUCAACGCUAUUUCAUUUCCUUUUUCUUUUUUUAUUAACAUUAUUUAUUUUAGUUCAAUUUCGUGUGCUAAUUUUCUGCAUAAAUAUUCACGCUUUAUUCAGUUCAUUUCAUUAAAAAUUGGCUUUACUCAUUUACUAACAGAAUGAAACUUUAUCUUUUUUUGUGAAUGUAUUUUUGACAAUUAUAAGAAAAUGUUUAAGUAAGUGAUUGAGCACAAGAUGAUGCCAUAAGAGUUUUAUUAAAAAUCUCAAAAUUCAGUUGAAUUAUUAUUUUCAUAACUAUAUUAAUGAAAUCUGUAAAAUAGAAAACUGUGUUGUGUUUCCAUGUGUGUAAGAAGAAAAUGUUCCAAAAUCAUAACUGAUUUCUUCUAUUUACAUGUUAAUUUUUUAUUAUUAUUUCGAUGGUUAAUUUUCUUAUAAUGGAAACUGAUUCCUGUGAAAUAUGUGAUAUUUUACCAAAGAUAAGGUCAUAUUUAAUAAUAAUCAAUAAUAAUUUCCGGAUAAUAACUCUGGGAAAAAAGAUUCUACGCUCCAAAUAUGUUACGUUAAAUAAGGGAAUUUGAUUUGCAAAGCAGCAUUUUAUUUCAUGGAAUGCCAUUAAUUUCUUUAACUCUGUUCUGAAAUAUUUUAUCAAAUAAUUAUUGUAAUCUUCUGAAAUAGAAGAUAAUCGACACUGUGACGAGAUGUAAUAUUCCUAAACGAUUUCAGAAUGUACUCAAUAGGAGAAUUCAUUCAAAGAGUAUUGAAAGCUUGUUAUUGAGUUACUGGUUACCUAAAUUCAUUGAUAAAACGUUGUUGCGUGUAUGUGUCAAGAAAUUGUGAUGGAAUUCUCGUAGAACUUCAGUGUCAUGUUGGCAUUAUAACUUCGAAACAUUCCUGUUAUUAUUCAUAAUCUGUUGUGGCAUAUUUAAUGUAUUUGUAUGAAGUUCAAGAAGUACUUUCCUUUAAACAAAAUGUGUCAUCAGAUUGUGAAAUUCAUAGAACUGCUGCUCAUUUGACGUCUCAUCGGGCUGAAGUUAACUUAUAAAGAGUGGCAAAACAGCCUACAGUGAAAAAACUCUUAUUUUGCAUAUCACAGAGACUUACAAACCUUGAUAAAAAGUUGAGAGUUAUCACAUGACAUAUGUAUACGUUCAUUGUGAAUAUCACAACAGUGUUGUAUCGUUUUCUGUUAAUCACAAAGAUUGUGAGUUUCCUAUCGUAUAUCACUUGAAACAUUUGUUAUGCAUUUAUUAAUACAGGUAGUGGUCAAUAUCUAAAGUAUUUAUUGGAAUUCAUAAAUUGAACAGAUUCAUAUAAUCUAGCUAAUUUGAAUGAGGCAAUGAGACAAAUAUAAGAGAAGACGCCGUGUAUGUAACCGUAUAAGAAAAUUUAAUUCUUUGGAAAGAAGAUUAGAAGGGUGGUUAGCUGUGGCUUUAAUGCUACACAAAUAUCAAUUACUGAAACGAGAGACUUAAUCUUCAUGUAUAGUAUAUAAAUAUAAAUUAUCUGGUUAAAAAUCAGUAUUCUACAAUCACAUUCUGUAACUGGAAGUUCUUAAACUAUAAGUAAAUAACAUUAAAUGAUGUUGUGUACUUCUAUCUGUUACAGAAAUUCCUAAUCUUCCCCUUUUAUUUUAUUUUUUUUUUUAAGUAUUGUGGUGCUGUUUUAACUUCUGUAAUGUAAAUGAGCAAAUGUCUCUGGUCUUUCAGAUGUCGAAUAUUAUUUGUAAUAAAACUGUUAAUUAAA